UGCCAUUUGCAUUGAAUUAUUUAGAACGCUUUCGCCAGUGUAAACAACCAACCUACCAAAAUGAAAUUCUUCAUUGUUUUCUUUGCCUUGAUCGCAGUGGUCCUCGCCAGUAACUAUAGAGAACAGGGUGGACACGGUCAGCAAGGAUUCGGACAAGGUGGACAUGGUCAGCAAGGAUUCGGACAGGGUGGACAUGGCCAGCAAGGAUUCGGACAGGGUGGACAUGGUCAACAAGGAGGACACGGCGGACACGGCCAACAUCACUAAAAUACUGACUCAAUAAAAAUUUAAAAAAUCCAAAAAACCUUAAA